AAUUGUAAGCGACCCCUGUGCGUUGUUGGAAUGCUAGGAUCAGUGGCAAAGGAGAAGUCAGACAUAACAACGCUGGACAUUAAUUGUCUCGCCCUCCUCCCUAGUGAUCCUCCCUGGUUAGAAUACCCACCCUUAAGGAUGCCUAAUAUCAAGAUAUUCUCGGGUUCCUCUCAUCCGGACCUUGCCCAGCGGGUUGUGGACCGUCUUGGCAUUGAUCUAGGGAAGGUGGUUACCAAGAAGUUUUCAAAUUUGGAGACCUGUGUGGAGAUUGGGGAGAGUGUGCGAGGUGAAGAUGUCUACAUUGUUCAGAGUGGUUGUGGCGAGAUCAACGAUAAUUUAAUGGAAAUGCUGAUUAUGAUAAAUGCAUGCAAAAUUGCCUCUGCUGCUCGUGUUACUGCUGUCAUUCCAUGCUUUCCAUAUGCUAGACAGGACAAGAAGGACAAGCGUCCUGAAAUACCAGAAAAGGUUGGACAGGAUUGGAUGCGACGUCCAGCUGAAGUAAUAGGAGCUACUUCUGGUGCUAAAUCCCGUGCCCCCAUUUCUGCUAAGUUGGUUGCAAACAUGCUGUCUGUGGCAGGGGCAGACCACAUCAUCACAAUGGACCUACAUGCUUCCCAAAUUCAAGGAUUCUUUGACAUUCCUGUUGACAACCUCUAUGCUGAGCCUGCAGUCCUCAAGUGGAUUCGUGAAAAUAUUCCAGAAUGGAGAAAUGCAAUCAUUGUGUCACCUGAUGCUGGAGGAGCAAAAAGAGUGACUUCUAUAGCUGAUCGUCUCAAUAUAGAAUUUGCUUUGAUCCAUAAAGAACGGAAGAAAGCCAAUGAAGUAGCUUCAAUGGUUUUAGUAGGAGAUGUGAAGGACCGCAUUGCCAUUCUAGUGGAUGAUAUGGCUGACACCUGUGGGACCAUCUGUCAUGCUGCAGAGAAACUUAUGGAAGCUGGUGCCACAAAAACCUAUGCCAUCUUGACCCAUGGUAUCUUCUCUGGACCAGCAGUGUCUCGUAUCAACAAUGCAUGCUUUGAAGCUGUUGUUGUUACCAAUACUAUACCACAAGAACAACAUAUGAAGGAUUCUACUAAAAUUCAGUUGAUUGAUGUCUCCAACAUUUUGGCCGAGGCAAUUCGUCGAACCCACAAUGGCGAAUCAGUUUCCUUCCUCUUCAACUCAGUCCCUCUGUAGACGGUCAUGAGUGUGACGGGUACCACAGUUGAUUUAAUGAGGCAGACACGGUAGUGUAUAGAUAUUCUCCAUGAAGAUUGCAGAAGCUAUUAGAAGAACACACAAUUGGGGAGAGCAUCUCUUAUUUCUUUAGUAACGUUCCAUACCAGUAACUACAACAGUGAACCAAGGAAAUUGAGGAUUUUUCAUUCUGUCUACCUUGAGCUAAAUAAUUUAUCUGGAAUCCAAGAAGGAACAAAUGUCAACUAGAAAUAUAUGGACUCAGUGUUUUAAGCCUUGUCAUUUCAACUGAAAAUACUGUAACAAAGAUGAAUUUGACUAUUGAUUAAUUUUGUAUGUAUUUUUAUUACUCAAUACAUAUAAAAAUUCUUAAACCUUUUUGGUCAUAAUUAUACUGUACUCUAUUUUUUCCACUCGUCUCUUCCUAUUAAUGUUGUGUAUAUAUAUAU